AUGAUAAUAUUCUCUUCGAUAUUGCUGCUACUGCUUCACGUAGAAAGGUCGUAUGAAGAUUCCGAUGUUCGGCCGCCUUUCCUGACCGUUAAAGACUUUCUGCGGCAAUCGGAAGGUUUAGAGAGAAAUCGUGAAAUCUCAGACUUUCAGUUCAUGCGAUCGAUUUUUACCAGCAGAUGUUUUUCUGAUGUUGGACGGGCCGGUGGACGUCAAGAGUUGUCGCUCGACGACGGAUGCUUGCAAUACGACACAGCAAUUCACGAGCUGAUGCAUUCGGUGGGGUUUUAUCACGAACACGAACGAUGGGAUCGCGAUAAUCAUAUCACCAUCCUCUGGCAAAACAUUGACAAAGAGGCGUACGACCAGUUUGGCAAAGUCGAUCUCACUGAAAGCUCCUAUUACGGGCAGAUGUACGACUACUUCUCAAUUAUGCAUUACGAUAGUCUAGCAUUUUCAAAGAAUGGAUUCGAAACUAUGGUAGCGAAGCGACCAGAGAUGACAGCGGUGAUCGGAUCGGCAAUCGACUUCAGUCCGACCGAUAUUCUGAAAAUGAAUUUGAUGUACCAAUGUGGACAGGGUGUGAACGUGGAGCCGCAGCCGCUCCCACCACCUCAACCUCCUCCUAUUCCACCAAUGAUCUUCUCUUCUAUUCCGGACACAGAAGAAGGUAGAGAAUUUGUUGGCCGUAUUUUUAUAAUUACAACCUUUGAUGAAAAUCUUGGA